AUGACCUCUCCAACACCGCCGCACAGCCCGCCGUCUCCCACGGCCUCCUUCUACGACAUGAGCGACGACGAGGAGGGCGAGUACAACACCAUCAGACACACCAGCAGCGGGAGGGGUGUGAAGCUGCUGUAUACAAAGAGCAAGGUCUACGUGCACCCCACGCCCUCCGCCAAAGACAACAUCCCCGGCUUCAUAGCUCUAGUCCAGCAAAAGGGACCCGUUGAAUCGAACGAUGCCCGCCCCACAUCAUCCUCCUCCGCCCGCAGCGUCCACGCCUCAUCCCUCCUCCUCGCCUGGGUCCCGGAAUCGUCGCUCGGCGAUUCCUACGACACAUAUGUGAAGGUGGACCUGUCAGACUCGUCGUCGCCCCCUCGGCAAUCCUACCUCGUCCCGCCCCCGCCGACGACCACGACGCACGCCAACUCCGUCGGCACGUAUGCGUUUGCGGUGCCGGUCAGCGAGAUCUACUCGCUGCUAGUGCGCCCGCCGAGUAUCGGGUGGUGGUUUGGGAGUUUGGUCGCGAAUACGAAAGCGGGGGAGAGCUUCCCGGCGCUGUUCUUCCACGAUAGCGAGUGCCAGUCGACAAUUCUGCAGAGGAAGAAGCUGGCGAGGGAGAGCUUUGAUCCGUUCGGCGAUGGCGGGGGGAUGUUUUGGGGCGGCGAUGAGGUGCUGAGGUGGUUGAAGAGAUAUGUGAAUGUGGAGCGGUCGGGGGCGGAGCCGAGUAUUUAUCUUAUUGAUCCGUCGGAGGAGGAUAAGGUGUCGUUUGGGCGGAAGGCGACGACGUCGAAGUCUCCGAGGAAUAGCACUGAUGGCGGAGCGUCGUCGUCGGCUUCGCCGCCUGCGGCGAAGAGGGAUGGGGGGAUGGAUCCUAUCACGAAGACGCUGAAGGAGGCGAAGUGGAAUUUCUUGGAGAAGUUGAGCCAGGUUACGACGUUUACGAGGAGGACGGCGCAGGCGGUUGCGGAGAAUCCGAAGGUUCCGCCGCAGGUUCGUCGGUUGAUUCAGAAUCCUGAGGUUCAGGUGUUGCAAGAGGAAUUCGACAGUGCGAAGAUUUAUCUGGCGAGAUGGGCAAUGGGGAUUCAAGAGCAAAGUGAAAGAGAAAGAAAUCAAAGGAUAUGGACAGCAAAUGACGUGCUGGAGAUGGAGGAGAGCUCAGUUGGCGAGUUUGAGAUUCUCGAUAUGGAGGCUGGAAAACUGUCGAUGAGCGAUCUCAGGAAACCAGUUACCUUGAAAGAAUGGAAGGACUUCUUCGAUGCACAAACCGGAAGGCUGCAGAUUACGCCGGAUGAAGUCAAGGAGCGGAUUUUCCAUGGUGGCCUACAUCCGGAUGACGGUGUUCGAAAAGAAGCAUGGAUGUUCCUGCUUGGUGUCUAUGAAUGGGAUAGCUCAACCGAGGAACGCCAUGCGAACAUGAACAGCCGUCGGGACGAGUAUAUUAGACUCAAGGGUGCCUGGUGGGAGCGAAUGAUCGAGGGACACAGCACCGCGGAAGAAGAGGAGUGGUGGAAAGAGCAGAAGAACAGGAUAGAGAAGGACGUGCACCGAACCGAUCGCACUAUCCCAAUCUUCAUGGGAGAAGACAUCCCACAUCCAGACCCCGAUUCACCAUUCGCAGAUGUUGGCACGAAUGUGCAUCUCGAGCAGAUGAAAGACAUGCUCUUGACGUACAAUGAGUACAACAAAGACCUUGGCUACGUACAAGGCAUGAGCGAUCUCCUCUCGCCUAUCUACGCUGUCAUGCAAGAUGACGCCGCCGCCUUCUGGGGCUUUGUCGGCUUUAUGGAACGGAUGGAACGCAACUUCCUUCGCGAUCAAUCCGGCAUGCGCAAGCAGCUCCUCACCCUCGACCACCUCGUACAGCUCAUGGAUCCCAAACUCUACCUGCACCUACAAUCCGCCGACUCGACCAACUUUUUCUUCUUCUUCCGCAUGCUGCUUGUGUGGUAUAAGCGCGAGUUCGAAUGGGUCGACGUGCUAAGGCUGUGGGAGGGGCUGUGGACAGAUUACUUGUCCUCGAACUACCACAUCUUCAUCGCGCUAGCGAUUCUGGAGAGACAUCGGGAUGUCAUUAUGGAACAUCUCAAGCAUUUUGAUGAGGUGUUGAAGUACAUCAAUGAGCUCUCCGGCACCAUCGAGCUCCAAUCCACCCUCGUGCGCGCCGAAUCCCUCUACCGCCGCUUCCAGCGCACCGUCGAGACCAUCGACAAAAAGGACAACUUCCCCCUCCCGCCCGCCGCUCACCGCCGCAUCUCAUCCACCAGAUCUGCCUCCGCUUCUCCGCCGCCGAAAACGACGUGGGCGGCCUCCGGCGCCGCGUCGACGUCAACAGGCACGGAUAGGGGCAAGCAGAGGCAGAGCGUUGGCGAUGUGGUUGCGAAGGGGAUCGGCGCCGAUAAAGAGAAAGUUAUUUCUCCGGAGCUGAGGCAGUUGCUUAGUCGGGAGGUGGAGAAGGUGAGUAAGGCGGAGCUUAAGGAGCAUGGGGGCGGGGUUGGGGGUGCUUGA